AUGGCAAAAGGUGCUUCAGUCAAAACUGACAAUAAAAAGAGUAUUCUGGUCGUACCAAGCCGAGUUGUUAGUAGACCAGACAACUUAGCAGGCGGGGAAGAAACUGAAAUCACAGCCCAAAUAUCUGUUCCACAAGAAGGCGGGUGGGGAUGGGUAGUUGUGGCUGCAAGUUUUUUGAGUAUUUUUAUACUUGAUGGUGCUUGCUUCACAUUUGGAAGUUUUCUUAAGGAUAUGAGUAAGGAUCUAAAUGAGCCCGAAUCACUCAUAGCAUUAAUAAAUUCAAUAGCAAUUGCUCUAUACUUUAUAGGAGGACCAUUCGCUUCGGCUUACAUAAACAGAUUCGGAUUUCGAGCAUGUAUUAUGUCGGGAUCCGUUAUAUGUGCUUUUUCGCUAUUUGCAACAUAUUUUACAACUGAUUAUGCAACAGUGUGUGUAUUUUAUGGUGCUUUGGCGGGGAUUGGUUACUGUAUGAUAAAUUUAUCGUCAGGUUUAAUCGUAGGAUUUUAUUUUGAGAAACUACGGCCGAUUGCUAUGGCAAUUUCAACUUGUGGAUCUAGCUUUGGUGUAAUGGUAAUGUUUCCUGUAAAUACGUAUUUGAUUAAUUUGUCAGGCUGGCGUAAUACUACACUAUUACAUUCAGGACUUUUUGGUCUAGUAUAUUUUAUCGGUAUGACAUACCGGCCGCUGCUCUCCUUAACAGUCAUAAAAGCUACAGAAGAUCCUACACGCACUGUGACGUACUUGCCAAGUUUAUCUGCUGCAGGUUUAAAACUGACAGCUUCAGGCACGAAAGCGGAUAAUUUGAUACCAACGACGACAGAACGACUUUUCAGUGCCGUUUCAAAUUACAACUUCCCAACUGCGGCAGCAAUAGUUGAAGAAGGUGCCGCCGUGCCUGUCUCUCAACCGGGCCCAUCAACGACGCCGGUAUCUAAACUUACUUUGAUGGCUCAUGGGCCCCAAAGCGCAAUAAGUCGACAACAAUUAAAACAGAUAAAGGAUAUGAUAUCUAGAAGUAAUAUUAAAGAUGUAAAGCAGGUCAAUGCGGACAUUGAACAGGAGUCAAACAUACCCUCAAAAAGGCCUGGGUUUUGGAGAAGGUUAUUUCAUUGGGAAGAACAUGUACCGGAAUCUCGUCCAAUGUACCGAGACGAUGCGUUUUACGACGGUAAAUUAGAAAAAUUACCUAUUUAUCAAAAAAGUAUGGUAGAUACAACAGCAGAAGGAAAAACUGGCUUAGAGUAUCAGUUAGCCGUAUCGAGAGCGGCUACAACUGCAGAUAUUCAAGAACGACGAGGUGUUUUCACUACUGCGGCCAGACGUGUUUUGGCGACAAUGAUGGACCCUAAAUUACUGAAACAAAGUUCAUUUUUGUUAUUGUGCGCGUCUGCUUUCUGUGUAUAUGUAGGAUUUUUGGUACCGUACGUUUUUAUUCAAAGUCGAAACUUAGAAGCCGGAGUAGAUUCACAUCAUUGUGCGUUAUUUGUAAGUGCGAUAGGUUUUUCGAAUGCACUAGGAAGAAUAAUUUUAGGAAUACUAGCAUGUAAAGUUGAUCCGCUUUAUAUGUAUUCCGGGUCUUGUAUAAUAGCGGGUAUUGGAACUAUAGCAUCCGGAAUAUCAUUCGACAUAUAUUACCAGUAUGCUUAUUGUUUUGUAUUUGGAUUUUGUAUCGCGAGUACUGCUUGUCUAAGAAGUAUGGUGUUAGUGUCACUAUAUGGCUUAGAAAAAUUAACGAAUGCUACAGGGAUGCUGAUACUAUUUCAUGGCCUAGGCAGUUUAGUUAGCACACCGCUCGCAAGUAUUAUUCAAAGUAAUUUUGGAUAUACUUUUGCUUUUUACGUCUCUGGAUUAUUUAUAUCUUUAGGAGGUUUUGUUUUGUUACCUAUUAGGUUAAAAUUAACUCCUAAAACUAACGAAAUAAUUAAUCAAAAGAGGACUAAUGUAAAUGGUACUACAAGUAAAUGA